UGCCCUGGCUCCUCGCAGCUCUCUCUCAAUCGCUCCCAGAGCUAGAGCUGUCCCUGCCAAAAGGCAAAUAAUACCAGAUGAACACGGGAGCCUGUCGAUAUUUCGGGGUGGAAUAAUUUCUCUGGUGUUCUUCUCACCGAUCGCCUCUGUACAUGUAACACCAGGUGUAUAACCAGUUCAGGAUCGUGGUGCCUGCAUGCGUUUGGUGGCUCCACGCCGAGAAUAACCGGGGAUACUUGCGUCUCCCCCCCCUGCUGCAUGCAGGGGGCAUCUGCAGCUUUUGCAGAACUCGGAUGUUUUGAACGAGUUGCAGAAUGUCCCCCAUGGAGUCCUCCCAUCCUGACGAUCUUGCCCUGCCCGCGCACCAGUCGGAGAACCAAUGCGCAAUCGAGGAGGCGAGUAAGCUGAGAAGCCCGACGGUGUCAUCGGAGGAGUUCCUGCAGUUCAAGAGGAGAGCCACCACGAUCGUGGAGGAGUACUUCUCCACGGACGACGUCGCGGCGACGGCGAACGAGCUGAGGGAGCUGCGCGUGCCGUGCUACCACUACUACUUCGUCAAGAAGCUGGUCUCCGUGGCCAUGGACCGGCACGACAGGGAGAAGGAGAUGGCGGCCGUGCUGCUGUCCUCGCUCUACGGCGACGUCAUCGACCGGCAGCAGGUGUACAGGGGGUUCGGCAAGCUCGUCGAAUCCUGCGACGACCUGUCCGUCGACACGCCCGACGCCGUCGACAUCCUCGCCGUGUUCGUCGCGCGCGCCGUCGUCGACGACAUACUGCCACCGGCGUUCCUGGCGAAGCAGCUACCGUGCCUGCCCGACGGAUGCAAGGGCGCCGAGGUCCUGCACAGAGCGGAGAAAGGCUACCUGUCCGUGCCGCACCACGGGGAGAUCAUCCUGCAGAGGUGGGGCGGGAGCAAGCGAAUCACGGUGGAGGAGGCCAAGGCCAAGAUCGCCGACAUCCUGGAGGAGUACCUAGCCGCCGGCGACAAGGGAGAGGCUUGCCGCUGCAUCAGGGGCCUCAAGAUCCCCUUCUUCCACCACGACAUCGUCAAGCGCGCCCUCACUCUCGCCAUGGAGCGCCGCGGCGGCGCCGAGGGGCUCAUCCUGGAUCUCCUCAAGUCGGCGUCGGACGAAGGCGUCAUCAACGAGAGCCAGAUCACCAAAGGGUUCAACCGCCUGAUCGAUUCUGUCGACGAUCUGACGCUUGACGUGCCGAACGCGAGGCGCCUCUUGAGAUCGAUGAUCCUCAAGGCUUCGUCGGAGGGAUGGCUGUGCGCGUCGUCGUUGAAGCCGCUGGGCCCCGAGCCGAAGAAGAAGGUGGCCGUCGUCGAAGACGUGGCGGUGCAGCAGUUCAAGGCGAACGCCGUGUCGAUCAUAAAGGAGUACUUCUUGACGGGGGAUAUCAUCGAGGUGGUGAGCAGCCUGGAGGCCGAGAACCACGCGUGCUCCUCCUCCUACAAUGCCAUCUUCGUCAAGAGGCUGAUCACCGCGGCGAUGGACCGGAAGAGCCGCGAGAAGGAGAUGGCGUCCGUGCUGCUGUCCUCGCUCUGCAUGCCGCCGGGGGACGUCGUGUCGGGAUUCCAACUCCUGAUCGAGUCCGCCGAGGACGCCGCGCUGGACAACCCCGCCAUCGUCGAGGACCUGACCAUGUUCUUCGCCAGGUCAGUGGUCGACGAGGUGAUCGCGCCGUCCGACCUAGAGGCGAUGGAGGAGGAGGCCGGCCGCGGCAAGUCCGGGGUUUCCACCGGCAUGCUGGCGCUCCGGAACGCCCGUGCCCUGCUCAGCGCGAAGCUCUCCGCGGAGCGGAUCCUGCGUUGCUGGGGCGGCGGCGGUACCGGCAAGCCCGGGUGGGAGCUGGACGAGGUGAAGGACAAGAUCGGCAAUCUGCUGCAGGAGUACGACUGCGGCGGCGACAUCCGGGAGGCGUGCCGGUGCAUCAUGGAGCUCGGGAUGCCCUUCUUCCACCACGAGGUGGUGAAGAAGGCGCUGGUGGCGAUCAUGGAGAAGCGGGGCAAGGACGAGCGGCUGUGGGGGCUGCUCGCCGAGUGCUACGGCCGCGGCCUGAUCACGCCGAACCAGAUGACCAAGGGCUUCGAGCGGGUGGCCGGCUGCGUCGACGACCUCGCGCUCGACGUGCCGGACGCCGGCAAGCAGUUCCGCUGCUACGUCGAGCGCGCCAAGAAGGGCGGGUGGCUGGACGCGUCGUUCCCCAACGGCGUGUGCUCGUGAACGUCACAACACUGGUCACAUGCAGCAGUGGCUCUCUUCCAGGGGAUUUCUUUACACGGCUAUAUAUAUACUACUUCCCAUUCCAUUCCAUUCCAUGUAUGUAUCAGCAAAGAGAAAAUAUGACUAUAUGUAUCGGCAUAAGAAAGAAAGAUUGUUGUCAUAGGAUUAGGAAGUUUAAUCUUCCAUUUUUAGGGUUCGCGGCGUUUAGCCCGGAGGAUUUGUGCAUUGAAGAGUUUUUUUUUAACUUCGUUUAUGUUUAUUUCUGUGUUGUGUGGUGAAUUGACCGUGGAGAGAAUUAGCAUGAUAACUUGUAUCAAACCACCUCAUUAUAAUAAGGCACUGAACAGUUAUA